AUGCGAAAACAAUCGAUAAACAUAUACCUAACAGUUUUGGCACUUUAUGACAAUGGGGUUCUCAUAUUUGGUAUAUUAAUGUUGAGCGUACCGGCGCUUCAUAUAAACCCCAAUCAAAUGGGCGACUCAACGUCGCCGACAAUAUCAACUGGUGAAGACAUGUCAUCAUCGAUGCCAUUGAAUGAACAUUUAGACAUAAUAAGCGACACAACAAAUAGCACCUAUUUAUCAUAUAUUUCACAAAAAAUGCUAUUUUAUUUUGUCGAUAAUAGUGAUGAUUGUAUGGAUUUUAAUGUCAAUGAAGAUAACAAACCUAACUAUCAAUAUCACAAUCCUUUACAAUAUUACAUACGUAUUGUCUAUCCGUUAGCAUUAAUAUCUCAGACCGGAUCCAUUUGGACGACAUGUCUGAUAACAGUCGAGCGAUACCUAGCAGUUUGUCAUCCCUUAAGAUCAUUAACAUUAUCGACCCGUUCCCGAGCCAUCUGGGCGUUGACCGCUCUGUCGAUCGGUGCUUUUGUCUACAAUUUACCGCGUUUUGCCGAAAUCGAUAUGACGGAAGAUUCUGUUAGACAAUCGGAUCUGAGAAAAAGCAAACUUUAUUAUUGGUUUUAUUAUAUAGUAUUGAAUUUGUCACUCAUUUAUAUCAUUCCUCUGACUCUGCUAAGUGUCCUCAACACCAAAAUCUACUUAAGUGUCAGAAUAGCCACCGCUAAUCGUACUGAGCUGACCCGUGCCCGACAACGUGAGCUUAAUUUAGCCUCAAUGCUUACAUUACUUGUCGCUAUAUUUAUAGCUUGUAAUGCACCGGCAUUUGUGAUCAAUUGUCUGGAACUAAUCAAACCGGACUACUUGGCUGUUCCCACAAUGUUUUCCAAUGUUUUAGUUUGUCUCAACUCUGCCAUCAAUUUUCUUAUUUAUUGCAUAUUUGGCAAAAAGUUUAGAGAAAAACUUAAAGAAGUGUUCAAAUGUAGGUAUAGAAAAAAAUUGAGAAAAAGUAGUGCCAAUCGUCAGCACUAUUACUUUGGGGGCAGUUGUGCUGCCGAUACCUUUGUAUGA